GGCUUUGUUGCCGACGUUGGAGCCGCUUUUAUUGGAAAUCCAUUCCGAACAGAAAUUAAGCAAUCUCAAUUACAAGUAGCAACGUGAGAAACAUUAAAAAUGCCAUAUCUAGCUGAUGUCAGCUACUGAAGCAGCUGGGGUUCAAAGCUGAUACUCUGGAAGAAAACUUAAGGGAAAAGGUGUACUUCAGGAGUAUUUUAGAGAUGUGCUGUGCUUAUUUGACGGGCAGAGCAUCCUGGCAGCGUGGUUAUGUUACCUGGACCUCUUUACAGUGGCAUAUGGAAGGCUUUAUUACCCGUCAGAGUCCUGCUGCAGGCAUGGUUAGGUGAAGGCAUCGAGGAAUUCACAGAGUGCUGUGAAUCUGAACUGAGAGAAGUGUGUUCUCAUGGAUUUAUGGUGUUAUGGCCUUACAAGUGAGAACUGCAUUCUUUGUGAGUGCUAGGCAAGGUGCGGUCAGCAUCUUGACUCUGUCUUCAGAAGCAGAAGCAUCACGAUAGAGACACAAAGAUGACUGAGUUUUGGCUGAUUUCAGCUCCUGGGGAAAAAACCUGUCAGCAGACAUGGGAGAAACUACAUGCAGCAACUACAAAAAAUAACAAUCUCUCUACUAAUUCCAAAUUCAAUAUUCCAGACCUGAAGGUUGGCACGCUGGAUGUUUUGGUUGGUCUGUCAGAUGAACUGGCUAAGCUGGAUGCAUUUGUGGAGAGUGUUGUGAAAAAGGUGGCCCAGUAUAUGGCUGAUGUUUUAGAAGACAGUAAAGAUAAAGUUCAGGAAAAUCUUCUGGCUAAUGGAGUUGACUUGGUCACAUAUAUAACAAGGUUCCAGUGGGAUAUGGCCAAAUAUCCGAUAAAGCAAUCAUUGAAGAAUAUUUCAGAAAUUAUUGCAAAGGGAGUAAACCAGAUUGACAAUGAUCUUAAAGCAAGAGCCUCGGCAUACAAUAACCUAAAAGGGAACCUUCAGAAUUUGGAAAGAAAGAAUGCAGGAAGCUUGCUAACCAGAAGUCUUGCUGAUAUUGUCAAGAAAGAGGACUUUGUACUUGAUUCAGAAUAUUUGGUCACGUUAUUAGUGAUUGUACCAAAGGUAAAUUAUAAUGACUGGGUUAAGCAAUAUGAAACGUUAGCAGAGAUGGUUGUUCCACGUUCCAGCAAUGUACUCUUUGAGGAUCAGGACAGUUACCUUUGUAAUGUCACCUUGUUCAGGAAGGCAGUGGAUGACUUCAAGCAUAAAGCCAGAGAAUACAAAUUUCUGGUCCGUGACUUCCAGUAUAAUGAGGAAGAGAUGAAAGCUGAUAAAGAAGAAAUGAAUAGACUGUCAACCGACAAGAAGAAACAGUUUGGGCCUCUGGUACGAUGGCUGAAAGUUAAUUUCAGUGAAGCUUUCAUUGCAUGGAUUCAUGUGAAAGCACUCCGAGUUUUUGUUGAAUCUGUUCUAAGGUAUGGUUUGCCGGUAAACUUCCAAGCAAUGCUGCUUCAGCCUAACAAGAAAACAAUGAAGAAACUGAGGGAGGUUUUGUAUGAUUUGUAUAAACAUCUUGACAGCAGUGCUGCAGCUAUCAUUGAUGCAACUAUGGAUAUUCCGGGCUUAAACCUCAGCCAGCAGGAGUAUUACCCGUAUGUGUACUACAAGAUUGAUUGCAAUUUACUGGAAUUCAAGUAAAAAUUCCCUAACGUGACAAUCCUGUGUUGGUGUAAACAAACAGAAGUGAGGUUGAAGUUAUACCUUUAACACUCUACUAAUCAUAUGCUUGCUUCUUAUGUUAGGUGAAUUUUAACUGCAGUGGUCCAUCUAUAGACAUUUUCUUUUUAAAGGAAAGUGUAGGUAAUCUGCUUUUGAAUAAACGUCUGUAAAUGUAUAUUGAGAGAAUUGAAAUAUUUAUAAACAGAGUGAUUUAUUUAAGGGAAAGGUCAUUCCUCUUUCAUACGUGAUCUGUGUUAAUUCCAUUCCCCGUUGUUUAUUAAAAAAAAAUUGUUUACAGAAGAAUAGUGUAAAUGUUUAUGGCCAUUUUGUUCAUUUGAUUUAGUAGAUACACGUGUUAACAUUGUUGAACUGUGAUGUAAAGUAUGUAAGAUUGGUAUGAAAUUGUGCUUUCUGAAUGUUGUAAAAUUACAAUCGAAGCACUGUAAGCACACAGGAAAAAAUAAACAGACCUGUGCAAAUGUG